CUGUCUUAUCCCAGUCACCAUCAUGGGGUCCAACAGCUAUAUAAGGCCCUUCGAGGUCUCUUCCAGUCCAUCCUCAUCAUCGCAACAGACAUCAAGCAUCUACUACUAUCACAACAAUAACAACCACUCUAUCAAACGCAACCAACGCAUACUACACCUCCUACUACUAUCAUCAUAACAACUUCUAUCAACAACUUCAUCCAAUUCAUACCUAACACAAUGUCUCUCUUCCGAACCAUCCCUACUGCUGGCGACUUCGCCCCUCUCUUCCGCCUGCUGGACGACUAUGAUCUCCACCGCUCCAGCCAGGGCUCCUCGGUGACUUCUGCUCGCACCUUCGCGCCUCGCUUCGACGUCCGCGAGACCUCGGAUGGCUACCACCUUGAUGGCGAGCUGCCCGGUAUCGCCCAGAAGGAUGUCGACAUUGAGUUCUCCGACCCUCAGACUCUCGUGAUCAAGGGUCGCACUGAGCGCGAAUACCACUCCUCGGACAAUGACGAGGCCCAGAACACUCCUGCCUCGGAAAACACCAACAACAACAACCAGGGCGAGGGCAGCGCUGUCGUCCCCUCUGGUGACAAGCAGGUCUCCAAGAACAAGUCCAAGGCCAAGCACCACUACUGGGUCAGCGAGCGCUCCGUUGGCGAGUUCCACCGCACCUUCUCCUUCCCUACUCGCGUCAACCAGGACGCCGUCAAGGCUUCCUUGAAGAAUGGCAUCCUCUCCAUCUUUGUGCCUAAGGCGGCUGCUCCUUCUUCGAAGAAGAUCACCAUCGAGUAAAGGAUGAUCGAUCGGUGGUGCGAUGAAUAUCGACUUGAUGAUGGGUUUCGAAAUUGUUCCAUAGCGCGUGAUCGUUCUACUCUGUUGUCUGUUAUCUUCAUUCCCUUUUGCUUCUGAUCUGAGCCAGAAUGUCGGGGGGGCUAGUGUCUAAUAGUGGAGGUGUGCAUUCUCAGUCGUUGCUGGGUUUUCGCUCCUUUCUAGUGUUGUUAUCCUAGUAAUACUAUACAUUAAUUCAAUCCUUAA